AACUGCUGACUUUUUUUUAUUUUCCCACCCUUCAGCCCUCUCUCUCUCUCCUUCCUUUAUCCCACCAUCCAUUGUGGUUGCUUUGCUCUCCCUUAAUCCGUUCCGUAUAGGGCAAAAUUCGAUUUUGAUUUCUUUUCACUUUACUGCGAUCGGCGGUGUGUGGCAGCUUCGAGCACUUUAGAUGCGAUCGAGGCUGAGAGGAAUGGGCUGGAGGUCUUAGAAGAGCUCGGCCUGGAGAAAGAUCGCUGUUUUGUGCUACUUACCUAGCGAUCUGAGAUGGGUUGCUUCCCAUGCUUCGGAUCGUUGGAAGAGGAGGAGGAGGAGAAGAAGAGAGAGGUGAAAACGGGCGGUGCUGAUUUCAGUAAGGAGGCUUCCGCUGCGCCCUCUUCGAACCAAAUGACGAGGGUUAGCUCUGAUAAAUCAAAGUCACGGAGUGUUUCAGAUUCGAAGAAGGAAACAUUGGUUCCUAAAGAAGGAAAUGCUACACAUAUUGCAGCACAAACAUUCACCUUCCGCGAACUUGCUACUGCUACUAAAAACUUCAAACCCGAAUGCUUAUUGGGUGAAGGCGGCUUUGGCCGUGUGUAUAAAGGGCGCUUGGAGAGUGGUCAGGUUGUUGCUGUGAAACAGCUAGAUAGGAAUGGACUUCAGGGAAAUAGAGAAUUUUUGGUUGAGGUCCUGAUGCUCAGCCUCCUACAUCACCCUAAUCUUGUCAAUUUAAUUGGUUAUUGUGCUGAUGGAGAUCAGCGCCUGCUUGUCUAUGAAUAUAUGCCUUUGGGGUCACUGGAGGAUCAUUUACAUGAUCUCCCAUCCGACAAAGAACCCCUUGACUGGAAUACACGGAUGAAGAUAGCAGCUGGUGCAGCUAAAGGGUUAGAAUACCUGCAUGAUAAGGCAAAUCCUCCAGUAAUUUACAGAGAUUUCAAAUCCUCAAACAUUCUGCUUGGUGAAGAAUAUCAUCCAAAGCUGUCAGAUUUUGGAUUAGCAAAACUUGGUCCAGUUGGCGAUAAGACUCAUGUAUCCACAAGGGUUAUGGGCACAUAUGGAUAUUGUGCUCCAGAGUAUGCUAUGACAGGGCAGCUUACCCUCAAAUCUGAUGUCUAUAGCUUUGGUGUUGUCUUCCUUGAGUUGAUCACAGGGCGGAAAGCAAUCGACAACACCCGACCUGCCGGGGAGCAAAAUCUUGUGGCUUGGGCUCGUCCGUUAUUCAAAGAUCGACGCAAGUUCCCAAAAAUGGCUGACCCAUUGCUGCAAGGCCAUUAUCCCAUGAGAGGUCUCUACCAAGCACUAGCUGUUGCUGCUAUGUGUUUGCAGGAGCAAGCUGCAACCCGGCCUCUGAUCGGUGAUGUCGUCACCGCUCUCUCGUACUUGGCUUCGCAAACUUAUGAUCCCAAUGCUCCUGCAACACAAAGUAGCAGAGUAGGGCCUUCUACGCCAAGGUCCAGAGACGAGCGGAAAAACCAUGGAAGCGGCUCUGACAGUAAAAGUGCCACAGAUUCGCCGCAUAGAGAUUCUCCUAAGCUCAGGCUGAGGGAUUCUAUCAAAGGGAUGAACUUGGGAACUGAUUCUGAUGGCACCCCUGGAAGAAAAUGGGGCUUGGAGGAGCUCGAGAGACAGGAAUCCCAUCGAGAUAGCCCAAACCAUCUUGCUAAACCAAGAGACUCUCCAAAGGCUCUCAACAGGGAUGCUGACAGAGAGCGUGCAAUAGCAGAGGCCAAAGUUUGGGGAGAAAACUGGAGGGAGAGAAAGAGAGCAACUAUGCCAAAGAGUUUUGAUAGUACAAAUGAGUAAGAGUACUUAUAUUAUAGGAUUGGUAUUGCAUGUUGAUCUUCCUUCCAUUGGUCUUAUAUAGUUUUUUUUUUUCUCUCUCUCUCUCUCUCUCUCUUUUUAAAAGGCAGUAUAGCUUUAUCACCUUCUCUCAAUUUCUCCUUAUGUGAAUAAAGAUUGUUUUCUUCUAUGAGACCCAUCAUUCUUCUUUUCUUUUGAAUAUUCCUAUGUGAGCUCAGUUGCAGCUGUUUUCAUGCAA